GUCAUGCAAAUGCUUGAUGUUACUUGGGGAAAGGGACUUCAACUUUUUGCAAUUGUUUGUUGAAGUUCGAAUUUGAGAGUUAAUGUGUUUUAAUGCCUUGGUCAAUGCAAAUGAUUUUAAGGAUCUCAACAACCAGUUAGAAAAAAAUUUGCAGUCCAAGAUCUUUUUUUGUCACUCCAAGCCAAUAAUAAAUGAUGAAGAGAUUAUAUCAGUAGUUUUAACAGAAAAAACUUUAAUGUUUAAGAGAAUGAAGAUAUUAAUGAAAAUAUUUUGAUUGAAUCAACUUGCCGUCAAUUGUAUGUCAAGCCUUGGAGGUACUGCAAAGCUACAUAAUAUUCAGUAACAAAAGCACCAUUGAAUAGUAUGCGUAUAAUGAAAAAAUUAGUCACCAAUGCAGUUUCAUGUAGAUGCAAGAAAUCAACCAAGUUUAUUAUAAUAUUUAUUGGAGGUUUUUUUUUAAUUGCUAACUUUAUUUCAAUUAAAUAUCUAAUCAGAUAUGAUUUGAAGAAUUAUGCAAGAGUGAAAAGUAAUCAAAUGACUUUAAAUGAAAAUAAAAUGACUAAUGAAUAUAUAUUGGAAAAUGAAAAAGAAAUAAUGACCAAAGAAUCUUUAUUGGAAAAUGGAAAAGAAAUAAUAACUAAAGAGUCUUUUUUGGAAAAUGAAAAUAAUAAAAUGGAAGAUUUUCAUGAAGUCAUAAUAACAAGACCGAUAGAAAUUGAAAGUAAAAUGUCUGGAGACAAGAAUUUUAAUAAUGAAAGUUUUAUAUCAGACAAUAGUAAAACAGCACCUCCAUUAAAUAAUAGUAUGGUCUUAUUAGUUAUUGCUUGUAAUCGCCCUUCUGUUAGACGUUGUUUAGAUAAUAUUUUUAAGUAUAAACCUUUAAGUGUUAAUAUACCUGUUAUUGUUAGCCAAGAUUGUGGAGAUGAACCAACUUCAAAAGUGAUAAGUUCAUAUGGAAACAAGUUAAUACAUAUAAAACAACCAGAUCUUGGAGAGAUACAUAAUAUCCCAUCAAACAUGAAAAUGUAUAAGGGAUACUAUAAGAUAUCUCGACACUAUAAAUGGGCAUUAAAUCAGGUUUUUGAGCAUCAUGGAGCAGAUAGUGCCAUAAUUGUUGAAGAUGACAUAGAUAUAGCGCCAGACUUUUUUGAAUACUUCUUAGCCACUCGACCGUUAAUGGAGCUUGAUCAAUCUAUAUAUUGCAUAUCUGCCUGGAACGAUAACGGAAAAGUGGACUCAGUUGAUCCUCUUGCCAUCGAUUUAUUAUAUCGCACUGAUUUUUUUCCUGGGUUAGGGUGGUUGAUAACUAAAAAGAUUUGGCAAGAAAUGAAGCCAAAAUGGCCUUUAGGUUUUUGGGAUGAUUGGUUGCGUGCACCUUCUCAAAGAAAAGAUCGCGUAUGUAUUCGUCCAGAAAUAUCACGUACAAAAACAUUUGGUAGAAUUGGUGUGAGUCAAGGUCAGUUUUUUGAUCAAUAUUUACAGUAUAUUAAAUUAAAUGAAAAUCCGUUCCCCUUUCGCGAUUAUGAUCUCAGUUAUUUGUUAAAAGAAAACUACGAUAAUGAAUUUUUACGAAAGGUUCAAAACUCUCCGCAAAAAAGUAUUCAUGAAAUCUUAUCUAUAAUUGAUAGGCAAGAAUACGCACGUGUGUCGUAUAAUAGCAACGAUGAGUUUAUUUUUAUAGCAAAACAAUUGGGUAUAAUGUCUGACCUAAAAGCUGGUGUUCCAAGAAUGGCUUAUAAAGGCAUAGUUAGUGUUUUUAAAAAUAAUAAACGUAUUUUUGUGAGUCCUUCCUUAGACUGGAAAGGUUACAAAGAAGAGUGAGAUUUACGGUUGCGAAAUGUUUAUAUAUAUAUAUAUAUAUAUAUA